UGUGACCUCAAUCUGUGUUUGUGUGUGUGUGUGUGUGUACAUCCACUCUUGCUUACGCCCAUGGCUGCUAAUCCGCAGGGAGGGGGCCUUAUAAGAGACCCUCAGCGUCCCGGGGUGCAGAUCACACCUUUCUAGCUGUCCUCUCCUCUGCUCUCCUCUCGCUGUUCUCUCAUUUCAUCUGAGCUGUCUGGUCUGGAACACCUCCCUCUCUCUCUCUCCUCUCUCUCUCUCUCCGUCCCUCGUUCUCCUCUCUUUUUUCUCUCCAUCCCCCACUCCCUCUCUCGCUCUCGGCCACCAUGAACGGAACGGAAGGGCCCAACUUCUACGUGCCCAUGUCCAACCGGACUGGGGUGGUGCGCAGCCCCUUCGAGCACCCGCAGUACUAUCUGGCCGAGCCGUGGAAGUACUCGCUGCUGGCCGCCUACAUGAUCUUCCUCAUGAUUACCUCCUUCCCGGUCAACUUCCUCACACUCUACGUCACGGUCAAGCACAAGAAGCUGCGCACCCCGCUCAACUACAUCCUGCUCAACCUGGCCGUGGCGGACCUCUUCAUGGUGAUCGGCGGCUUCACCGUCACACUCUACACCGCGCUGCACGGCUACUUCGUACUGGGUGUCACCGGCUGCAACGUGGAGGGCUUCUUCGCCACUCUGGGUGGUGAAAUUGCCCUGUGGUCCCUGGUAGCGUUGGCCAUUGAGCGGUAUAUUGUAGUGUGCAAGCCUAUGACCACCUUUCGAUUUGGGGAGAAGCAUGCGAUUGUAGGCGUGGCCUUCACAUGGAUCAUGGCUCUCACCUGUGCUUUGCCCCCUCUGAUGGGCUGGUCCAGGUACAUUCCUGAGGGGAUGCAGUGCUCCUGUGGUAUAGACUACUACACUCCCAGGCCUGAGCUCCACAACACCUCGUUUGUCAUCUACAUGUUCCUCCUCCACUUCACCAUCCCUUUGAUCAUCAUCUUCUUCUGCUACAGCCGCCUGCUCUGCACCGUCCGUGCGGCUGCAGCCCAGCAACAGGAGUCCGAGUCCACUCAGCGGGCAGAGAAGGAAGUGACACGCAUGGUGAUCGUCAUGGUGAUAGCCUUCUUGGUGUGCUGGGUGCCUUAUGCCACUGUGGCCUGGUACAUCUUUGCCAAUCAGGGUGCGAACUUCGGACCCAUCGCUAUGACAGUCCCAGCAUUCUUUGCCAAGAGUGCCGCCCUGUACAAUCCAGUUAUCUACAUUCUCCUGAACAGACAGUUUAGAAACUGUAUGCUGAAGACUGUAUGCUGUGGGACGAACCCGUUCGGUGAGGAGGAAGUCACCACUACGGCCUCCUCUAAAACCCAGUCCUCCACCAUCUCCUCCAGCCAGGUGGGCCCUGCCUGAUCUCUGCCCCCC